AGCUGCAGGAGGAGAUGGAGACCAGAAACAAAGAGAUGGAGGAGAUAAAAGAUGAGUUGGAGAAGAACAAAGCUGCUGCUUCCAAGUCUAUCUGGCCUUUUUACUCAGGUCAAUGAACUAAAGGAGGAGAAGAAGAGGCUGGAGAAGGAGCUGAAGAAGACAAAAGAUGAGAAAGAAAAGGCGAAAAGGCUCAAAGAGGAGGAGAAGAAAAGAGAAAGAGCUGGGAAAGAAGUGGAGACACUGAAGAGGAAACUGGAGAUUGAGUCAGAGAGAAUCAAACGUGAACAAACACAGAACAGCAGCAGCUCAGACAGUCAGGAGACGUCAGGAGACAUCACUGAGUUCAUUGAUCCCAACUGCGACUACAUCGGUCUCAUAAACUGGUCUGAUCAGGACAAACCACUGGGAGGACGUCAGUUAAAAGUCCAGAUCAACAAUAGAAAACCCAUCACAUACACAUUUGAUCCAUCAAUGAAACUCAAGGCUGAAAAGGAAGUUACUUUAUACCGUCCAGGCUGUGGUCAACAUCAUCCUGACACUGGUGACCUGGUGUGGGAGGAGCUGAAGUCCUGGAUGCCUGGAAACAGAGUCCAGGCCUCUCUGCAGUGAAAUAAUUCACAGUUGAACUCCUUCAAUAAAGUUCAGUAAUCCAGCAAACAGCAACAUUAUAGAUGAGAAACAGCACGACUCAGAUCUUCCUGCAUAAACCACACACUGCA